AUGCAAACGAAGGAAGAGCACGGCCAACCUGUCUUUGAAAACUCAUAUUUACAAUGGAGUCAAUGGCAGUUGUUGGAUUCGAUUCUACCUACAGGUGGAUUUGCUCAUUCUUUUGGUCUUGAAGCCGCAGUUCAGUCACGCAUAGUGUCUGAUUCCAAUGACCUCAAGACAUUUCUUAUUCAUGUAUUAGAGAACACAGGAAGCUUAUUCCUUCCUUUCGUGUAUUCAGCUUGCACGUCACCGAAUAUGGAAAACUGGCAUAACCUCGACAGAAUAUUAGAUGCUACCCUUACCAACGAAGUGGGUCGAAAGGCGUCAAUCUCGCAAGGAUCUGCGUUAAUGAGGGUAGCUUCAGCUGUGUUUUCUGAGAUGCCCUCUCUCAAAACAAUGAGAGACACUUCAUUAAAGUUAGGGACUGUAACUUUUCAUCACGCUCCUAUAUUCGGACUAACAUGUGGAGCAUUGGGAUUCGAUAGUACGAGUUCUCAGAGAGCUUAUAUGUUCAUCACAAUGAGGGAUGUGAUAUCUGCUGCUACAAGACUGAACUUGAUAGGACCCCUUGGAGCAGCAUUGUUGCAGCAUCAAGUUGCUCCUAUUGCUGAAGUUAUAUUAGAAAAAUGGAUGAAUCGUGAAGUUGAGGAUGCUUGUCAAACUAUGCCUCUUCUAGAUACUGUGCAAGGUUGCCAUGGAUACUUGUUUUCUAGACUGUUUUCAUCUUAG